AAAAUUUGACACUGCGAGAGUCAUUGUGGUGAACAAUGUCAUCACAUUAGGCUUUUCUUUUCUGGCACUCAGAACUGCACGUAAUUGAGUGAUCCCACAACAGCAGGAUGUACUACGACGACCAUACAGAGGCCAAGCUUGGCAAAGUAAAGGAUCCCGUUGUGCGAGUGAUAAAAUGGAUCAAGAGCAGGAGUCCGCGGGAGAAAGGCAUUAUGGGGUGCUUGGGCGGAUUGUUGCUGCUCGUCCUAUUGUGGUUGGUGAUUGAGGAUCAUGACAACCUAUUCAUCAUGGCGGAGAGCGUGCACUUUCUGGGUAUCGGCCUGCUGAUCUACAAGCUGAUGACGAAGAAGAACGCGGGAGGAUUGUCACUGCGAUCACAGGAGCUCACCGCGCUCUUCCUUGCCGUGCGCCUCUUCUGCAGCUUCAUGAUGGAGUAUGACAUCCACACGGUGCUGGACUUUCUGACGCUGCUCGCCACUGUGUGGGUCAUCUACACGCUGCGCCUGCCGCUCAAGGACACCUACCAAGCAGAACAGGACUCCGUGCAGUCCUACUACGUGGCGGUGCCCUGCUUAGUGGUGGCGGCGAUAGCGCACCCGCGGACGCACCACCCUCUCGUGCUUCGGGUGCUGUGGGCGCUGUGCGUGUAUGUGGAGGCUGUCAGCGUUCUGCCGCAGCUGCGCAUGAUGCAGAAGGCCAAGGUGGUGGAGAAGUUCACGGCGCACUAUGUGUUUGCGCUGGGACUGUCGCGCUUCAUCAGCUGUGCGCACUGGAUCCUGCAGCUCAUCGACGGCGACUCAUUCCUGCUGCAGGCGCUGGGAUCUGGGAUCUGGCCGGUGAUGGUGCUGCUUUCGGAGGUGGUGCAGACCUUCAUCCUGGCAGACUUCUGCUACUUCUACGUGAAGUCAUACGCAGAGGGGUCGGGAGUCAUCCACCUGGCAGCGGGCAUUGUCUAGGCAGACAGCGAUUUCAUCGGCUCAAUUUAGGACAACUCCCAUUUGACAGAGGCAUGGCUUCCUCUAAGGGUGCAGCCUGUUGGCUGCGCGAGUUGCUCCAGAAGUUGUCAGUCUUUUUGGGUGUGCUGUAGCUAGGUAGGUCCUGUCUGGAUAUGCCACACCCAGUGGGUGUGUCUUCAGGGCCGAUACCCAAGGAGGCCCAUCUUCGCAGGAUAUUGCAGGCAGAUGAUUGUGAGGCAAUAUGUGAACCCCUGUCUAUGGCUUUCUGGCUGGCAUCUGGCUGGCCCUGAGAUACUGCUGGAGGAUUCUUGUAGAUUCCAACGUGGGUGCGAGCACAUGCAUGUUUUCACUUGAACCUGUUCCACCCCAGCAGGUGCAGCCAUUUAUUGGAUUGCAAAUCUGGGUUUGCACAGCUUAUAGCAUGAAGUGCACACACCCACUGCCAGUGGCACAUCGCAUAGUUGCGCUGCUAAUCAUGCACAUGCAACCACAUACAUGACAGAAUUGGGCGCUGCCAGGCAGAACAUCAACAAGCAAAGCUAAAUGAAGGUUGCCUUUCUGUCAGGCUCUUCACUGAAGAGUCUUUAGCAAUGCUGUUUGCGUGUUUGAACUUAGCUGCUCGCAUGCGUCCCAUGUAGGCAAUUAAGCAGACCAUACAGGUACAGCAGUGUCGCAUUCUCAACAUGUCAACAAGGUUCAGUCAUGCCUUUGUCUUCUCGGCUUUUUCUUCCAGUCGCCCAGUGCACCAACAGGUAUGCCAUCAAAAAGUAUGCCGCCAGCAACGUCCUGUCAAGCUUGUGAUAACUGACAGUGUCUUUCACCGGCACAACUGCAAUCUGGUGCACGGGGGUGUGGUUAAUCACACUCCGUUCCCAUUGCCGCUGCGGUCCAUCAUGCCUCCUUCCAUCUUCUCUGCCAUAACGCCCGUCUCCGCAGUGCGCACUCUGAUGAUGUCAGCGACAGGGUGCACAAAUAUCUUGCCAUCGCCGAUCUCGCCAGUCUGCGCUGCGCGCGUUAUUAUGCGCACCACUGUGUCCACCUGCGCCCUCAACACAACAAUCUCGAGGCAUUCCUUCUCCACCAGAUUAUCGAUGCCAUGCUCCGUUCCACUGUACCUCUCCUUCCUGCCUCCCUGCACGCCUGCCCCCCUGACUGUGCUGGCUGUCAUGCCCAGGAUGCCACGCGCGCUGAGGGCUGACACCACAUUCUGCAGCCGCCACGGCCGGAUGAUAGCCUCGACACGGAAGAAGUCACAAGUGAAGGCGCUGAGGUCCACAGUCAAGUCCUCAAUCUGCUGUUCCAGCGCUGCAGCUCCCCCGGACGGGCCUGCUGCUCUGACAACGGUGUUCCUUUCAUUGCGUUGGCGCCUGCCUUGGAGGAUGCUGUUGCAAGCAGCGAAUCUUUGGCUAACUGGUGCACUUGAGCGGGUGGUCCUGAGAGAUUGCGGCACAGCGCUGAUGGCGCCUGCUUGAGCCCUCAGCAUUGUUUCGCAGGAGCCCCGAAACCUUCCCCUCUCUAAAAUCUCCGCAUCGUCCCUCCCGAACGUGCAAGAUGGAAAGUUGA